GUCCAACAGAAGUUCCAAGUUCCAACUUCUCGAUGUUCGUACAGCCAGACUCUCUUCUCUCUGUAGUCUAUCUAUCACACUGCCCAUGCUUCCAUUAUCAUCUCUCUCCUCUCUCUAAUUUAAUCUAAUUAACUAUCCAUAUUAAUCCUAUUUAACUCCCUAAUAAAAACAAAACACAACUCCAUUUGAAUAAACCUGAACAAAGUGAGUAACUACUCAGCAAAGUACUCACCUCUUUCUCUCUCUACCUUUACUUGUCGGUGAUUCAAUCAAAUCCUAAAAUGGGUGAAACGGGCAAUCACAACCAUGACCACAGCCACAACCACAACCACAACCACCAGCAACCGCCGUCACAAUCGAUGGCGCCACCACAACCACCACCAGGGUCACACCUCCCUAUGGGUGCUGCUAGGGGGCCCAUCUUUCAACCUCAAGAACAACUCACUAAUCUUAACUAUUGCAUCCACUCUAAUCCCUCUUGGCACCAAACAUGCAUACUGGGUUUUCAACACUACAUUGUAAUGCUUGGAACAACUAUCUUGAUCACCAACUCCGUUGUCCCUUUAAUGGGCGGUAAUCGUGGGGAUAGAGCCCGUGUGAUCCAAGGCAUGCUCUUUAUGUCGGGAAUCAACACACUUAUUCAAACCUUGAUCGGGUCUAGACUCCCUGUGGUGAUGGGUCCAUCAUAUGUGUACCUCAUACCCAUUAUGAGCAUCAUCAGUAGCAAUAAUACAGGAAAUUAUGAUAGUGAACACCAGAGAUUUGUUCACAAUAUAAGGACUAUCCAAGGAUCUUUGAUAGUUUCAUCUUUUGUCAGCAUCAUUCUUGGAUUUAGCAAAGCAUGGGGAAAUUUCACGAGGCUCUUUAGUCCAGUUGUCAUCGUGCCUGUAGUUUCUCUGGUCGGACUUGGUCUGUUUGCGAGGGGCUUUGCACUGCUUGCAAACUGUGUGGAACUGGGCCUACCAAUGCUAGUUUUGCUAGUUCUCGUGCAACAGUAUGCAAAGCGGCUCCACUCAAGAGCACACUCCAUUUUGGAAAGAUACGCGUUGCUUCUUUGCCUGGGAUUAAUCUGGGCUUUUGCAGCCAUCCUGACUGCUGGUGGUGUCUAUAAUAGAGUCAAAGAGCAGACUAAGAUGAGUUGCCGCACAGAUCGCUCCUUUCUCGCACCAUACGCUCCAUGGAUAAAAGUUCCAUACCCUUUCCAGUGGGGUACACCGAUAUUCAGUGCAGGCAGUGUGUUUGGGAUGAUGGGUGCCGCACUUGUUUCAUCAGCAGAGACCACUGGAACAUUUUAUGCAGCUGCCCGCCUAUCUGGUGCCACUCCUCCUCCCGGUCAUGUGUUGAGCAGAAGUAUAGGGUGGCAGGGUAUAAGCAUGCUUCUUGAUGGGCUAUUUGGUUCUGUUGUUGGUUCAACUGCUUCGGUGGAGAAUGUCGGGCUUCUUGGACUGACACAUGUAGGAAGUAGGAGAGUUGUUCAAGUGUCUACAGCUUUCAUGAUCUUUUUCUCCAUAUUUGGAAAAUUUGGAUCCUUCUUUGCAUCAAUCCCUCUACCAAUAUUUGCUGCCAUAUAUUGCGUUCUGUAUGGAAUAGUUGCUGCCAAUGGGAUUUCCUUCAUUCAAUUUACGAACAAUAAUUCCAUGAGGAAUAUGUACGUUUUGGGGCUGAGUCUUUUCCUUGGAAUAUCGAUACCUUAUUACUUUAUGAGUUACACCAUGACAGCAAAUCAUGGGCCUGUUAACACCGGUGGUGCAUGGUUCAACGACAUACUAAAUGCAGUUUUCUCAUCACCGGCUACGGUGGCCAUGAUUGUUGGGACGUUGCUGGAUAUCACACUAGAAGCAAGGGAUACGGCUGUUGAUAGAGGUGUUCCAUGGUGGAUUCCGUUCCAACACAGGAAGGGUGAGGUGAGGAAUGAAGAAUUUUAUAGUCUUCCUCUCAGAAUAAAUGAGUUCAUGCCUACGAGAUUCAUCAAGUAAUUAUGUCAAAUCUUACCUUGUAAAUUAAGGUUUGGAUUUCAUCCUUUCUAUCUUUAGGUUUUAACCCUUCUGUAGUUCUGUGUAUGUGAUAUAGAAAUUAUAUUUAUUGCAACGUAUAAGAAUCUAUCGAAAAAAGAUAGUUUUACUGAUAGGUUUGAUCUCUAGGCUAUUCCUUGCUCUUCUACAGUUGUAGUAAGGCAACUGUUAUUUCAAUAGCUUAACAUAAUUUUGCUCGUAGAACGACACUUGCGAUUUUGUGUUGAUAAUGUAAUUGUAUCAUUUUCCUUAAUUGGGAUGCUUACAUUGCGUUUAUAAGUGCGAUAUCAAAUAAUUUUUUUCCCUAGA